AUGGCUUCCCAAACUCCGGCCGUUGUCAUGGACAACGGAACUGGUUACUCCAAGCUUGGUUUCGCCGGUAACGACUCGCCAUCCUUCGUCUUUCCCACCGCAAUUGCUACCAAGGCGGGCGCCGGAAGUGCUGCAGGCUCCGCCCCCGGCCGACCUCCCGUCGCGAACAAGCCAUCUUUCCUGGCCGGUGGUGGUGGUGGGGCAAGCUCGCACUUGUCCACAAAGCGUGGUACGGAGGACCUGGACUACUUCAUUGGCGACGAGGCUCUGGCAGCGGCCAACGGCCCCGGUUACGCGAUCAACUAUCCCAUCCGUCAUGGUCAGAUUGAGAACUGGGACCACAUGGAGCGGUUCUGGUCCAAUUCCAUCUUCAAGUACCUGCGCGUGGAGCCGGAGGACCACUACUUCCUCCUCACCGAACCCCCCUUGAACCCCCCCGAAAACCGUGAGAACACCGCCGAGAUCAUGUUCGAGUCGUUCAACUGCGCCGGUCUCUACAUCGCCGUCCAAGCCGUGCUGGCUCUCGCUGCCUCCUGGACCUCGUCGAAGGUCACCGAUCGAUCGCUGACCGGAACCGUCAUCGACUCGGGUGAUGGUGUCACGCAUGUUAUCCCCGUCGCAGAGGGCUACGUCAUCGGUUCCUCGAUCAAGAGCAUCCCCAUCGCCGGUCGCGAUAUCACCUACUUCGUCCAGAGUCUGCUCCGUGACCGCGGUGAGCCGGACAGCAGCUUGAAGACCGCCGAGAAGGUCAAGGAGGAAUACUGCUACGUGUGCCCCGACAUUGUGAAGGAGUUCGCGCGCUACGACCGGGAGCCCGACCGCUUCCUCAAACACACCGUGACCGCCCCCAACGGCCGGAGCGUGAGCAUCGACGUCGGCUACGAGCGCUUCCUGGCCCCCGAGAUCUUCUUCAACCCGGAAAUCUACUCCUCUGACUUCCUUACGCCCUUGCCCAACGUCGUCGACGGCGUGAUCCAGUCCUCCCCCAUCGACGUCCGGAGAGGCCUCUACAAGAACAUCGUCCUCUCCGGUGGAUCCACUCUGUACAAGGACUUCGGCCGCCGUCUACAGCGGGACAUCCGGCACUUGGUAGACGCUCGUAUCCGCGCCUCGGAGGCCCGCAGCGGUGGCGCGCGGAGCGGUGGUCUGGACGUGGCGGUCGUCACGCACAAGCGACAGCGCCACGGCCCGUGGUUCGGCGGUAGCUUGUUGGGACAAACGCCCGAAUUCCGCAGCUACUGCCACACCAAGGCCGAGUACGACGAGAUCGGCCCCAGUAUCGUCCGUCGGUUUGCUCUCCUGGGUGGGCCCGGCAGUGCUUAG